UGGCGUAACAUACCGGUCUAUAUCAUCUCUACGGUAGUUACGCCGCGUUGCACGUUGCUAGUUAGUUGCAAUGUUGUAGCUAUUAGCACGCUAGCCGUUCCUUUGAUGGGAGGAGGCCCUUAGUCUGUUUUGGCAAACCGUCAUAUCUGUCCCAUUCACUGUUUGAAUAGAGGCCAACUGUUGGCCGUUGGAAACUAACCACCGAAGUACUGGCGAGCUUGUUGUUUCCUUCCUAGCUUGUUAGCUCCCUCAACGUGCUAGUUAGCUAGCCGCUGGCGUUCUGCUGUCUCCGUCCCCCCCCUGCGAACCGUCUUCUGUGAAGUACCAUGGCGAUGAGACAGACUCCUCUCACCUGUUCUGGUCACACCCGACCUGUUGUGGACCUGGCCUUCAGUGGAAUUACUCCCUAUGGGUACUUUCUAAUCAGCGCCUGCAAAGAUGGCAAACCCAUGUUGCGCCAGGGAGACACAGGGGACUGGAUAGGAACGUUUCUGGGUCACAAAGGCGCUGUCUGGGGAGCCACUCUGAACACAGAUGCCACAAAGGCGGCCACCGCCGCCGCCGACUUCACAGCAAAGGUGUGGGAUGCAGUAAGCGGAGAUGAGGUUCUAUCACUGGCACACAAACACAUCGUCAAGAGUGUCACCUUUACUCAGGAUAGCAACUGCCUGUUGACAGCAGGAAAUGACAAGCUGCUGCGCAUAUACGAUCUCAGCAACCCUGAAGCAGCACCACAAGAAAUUGCAGGUCACAGCUCCGCCAUAAAGAAAGCAUUGUGGUGCAACAAUGACAAGCAGAUUCUCUCAGCUGCGGACGACAAAACCAUCCGACUCUGGGACAGGAGCUCCAUGGAGGAGGUGAAGACUCUGAAAUUUGACACAUCCGUGAGCAGCAUGGAGUAUGUCCCUGAGGGGGAAAUUCUAGUGAUCACAUACGGAAGGACAAUUGCUUUCUACAAUGCUCUGAGCUUGGAGAUGAUUAAAACUGUAGAGGCUCCAGCUCCCAUCAACUCAGCUUCCCUCCAUCCUGAGAAAGACUUUUUCGUUGCUGGUGGUGAGGACUUCAAGCUUUACAAGUUUGACUACAGCACCAAGGAAGAGCUAGAGUCCUACAAAGGCCAUUUCGGCCCAGUGCACUGUGUUCGCUUCAGUCCCGAUGGUGAGCUGUACGCUAGUGGCUCUGAGGACGGCACGCUGCGAUUGUGGCAGACAGCAGUUGGCAAAACCUAUGGCCUGUGGAAGUGUGUUCUUCCCGAGGACCUGGGGACAGAGAACUCUGAGCAGCUGUACACCUCACCCCCUGAGAUUAAGGCCUGAGGAGAGAGGCACGUGUUGAAACCAGAUGGGAGAAAAGACGUGAGCGGAGGGGUGCUCUUGUACAGUCUGCCGGGUCACAGCAAGGAACAGAGUCCAGAGCAUCUCCAUCCAUCAGGAACUGAUGUCGAUGUAACGACUGCCCCAUUUGUCAUAGACCAAUGAUCAUACAUACACACACACAGACACCACACACACUUGUUUUUCUUUUAAAGUUGUUAUGGGGCAGUUUGGGCUGCAGAGUAAAGCAGUAGAGCAGUGAGCAAAGGCUCAUUGCUGCCUGCUUUUUCUCUGAUCAGCUCUGUUCUGAUGACUUCAAAUUAUUUUAACUUCCUUCUAAUCUUCAUGAUGCAAAGCUCAGAUUUGGUUUCAUUAAAAUUUUAAUGAGCUGGACCAAGUCAGUUGUUUUCAGUUCAUAGUUCCAAAAAUACUGGAGUAGUUGCAGUUUGUACUGAAAUUAAAUACUUUCAUUUCUUCAAAACAAGAUGACUGAGUAUUUGCUGAUGUUGUACUGGUUUAGUAUAUAAAGUGUCCAAAUAAAAGGAAAUAUUGUUUUGUGUCGAAGUGGAAAGAAAACACACUUGAGUUUUCCAUUUUGUUUUGGCUUUAUUUGUCCAUUGGUGAAAUAAAUGCAUUACAAUUUUAUCUGUAAGUAAUGCACAAAGCAGUCUGGUGUAUUUCAUUGUUUUAUGAGGUUCACCUUUGGCAAUUGUGAAUGUAUUCAAACAAUGUUAUUGUAAUGUUUAAUUAAUCCUGAACAAUACAGAACUGAAAGGUUUGGAAACACAGUUCUUCACUUAGUAUUUUAGAGAAUGAACACUUCUCCAUUGCCACAAGUAUUUUAACGAUUUGUUUUAAAAUCACAGGACAAAAAACUUUACCUGAAAAUAUUUGGAUAGUUUUAACUCAACAGGGAAAUUAUUUAUACAACAGUAAGAACAAACAAGUUUUGUAUAGACAUUUGUAAGUUAGGAUACAAUUAAAGUUAAAUUAAUAAUUAAAUAAAAAUACAUUUUUGUAAUUAUUAUUUAGACUAAGUGCUCGAUGGUCCAGUGUUUGGACACAUCGCAGGCUUUCAAUUUCAAUAGACGCAUGUUCUUUCAGCCAAUAAGGACUGGUUUCGUCACAAAAAUUGACCAAUUACGGCUGUUUUUUCCUCGUCGCCACUUCCGGCACAGGUCAAUUCUCCACAAUAGCAUCACCAGAGUGAGCCUAGUACUAGCUCCCCGGUAUAGUUGCUCCUCCGGCCAUGGUUUCAUUUCUGCUUUCUACGGGGAAGAGGAAGUAAGCAACCAUAACAAGAAUUAUUCGUCGCCCUUUCCGGUAUUGUUUUUUUUAUGAGUAGCACAAUUUAGCCUCUUUGGCUAAUAGUUGUUUUUGCGCAACAAAUCCAGCGAGGGGCGCUACGCAGCCGUCCCGCACGGAACAAACCUCCCAUCCGUGUGUUCCUUUCCACCCUCGUUGUCGGCUAGCUAACUUACCCGGGCCGAGGCUAGUCUGUCCCUCCACCUGCACGCCGACAUGCCGGAAUACCUGGACGACCCGUCCGUGCUCACCAAGGAAAAGCUGAAGAGCGAGCUGGUGGCCCACAACGUGGAGCUGCCGAGCGGCAACCCGACGAAGGACGUGUACGUGCAGCUUUAUCUGAAAAACCUGACCGCGCAGAACAAGAAAGAUGUCACGGCCACGACGCUGGACGCCUUCUCGAGCGACGAGGAACUACCGCCGCCCGUAGUCUCCAGCAGAAGUCGCUCCUCCGGCCGGAAAGCCACCCGGAAAACGGACAAGGCCCAGCCGGAAGAGCUCAACGUGACGGCCCUGACCGACGAGGGCCUGAGGGACGAGCUCAUCAAGCACGGCAUGGAUGUGGGCCCGGUUGUAGCCUCGACCCGUGGCCUGUACGAGAAGAAGCUGCAGAAGCUGCUGGACGACGGCGCGGCGCAGCCGCCCGUGCCCCAGCUGUUUCCCACAGACAUACAGGUCAACCACAACGGCAACGACUCCGACGUCUACAGCGACAAAGAAGACGAAGUAACACCUGCACCAGAACCCGAGCCCGUAACAGAACCAGCGCCCGUUGCAGAACCAGAACCCGAACCAGAACCAGAGCCCGAACCCGUUCCGGUGGUGGAGAAACCAGUGAGGAGCAGAGGGAAGACCCCCAUCACCACCCGCAGCCGCAGCAGCCAGCACCAAACGGUUGAGAAAAUCGCCGCCGGCGACCAAUCCACAAAAGUGGAAGAAAAGGAUGUUCUGAAGGAACUCUUUCCCAAUGACCUCAGCAGCCCAACAGGGAUAAACGCCACCUGCCGACGGCCAAUCAGAGGAGCCGCCGGUCGCCCGGUGAUCUCCAGCGACCUCUGGAAGAAUGAAAAUCACCUCUUCUCUCCAAAAACGACCAAGACCACCAGCUACACCCACACAGAGAGCCAGAUGGUCAACAGAGUCAGCAGCCUUCCGGCCACCACCCGUUUUACCCCCGCCGCCACCACCCCCGCCAGCUUCCUAAGUGCAGCCCCCCCUGCAGGUCAAACAAAAGUAGCACACCGUGGCAUGCCUCUAUGGAAAAAGCUGGCCCUGCUCGGCAUCGUGGCUGGAUUGCUGAUUUUGGUGUAUCAAGCCAUGGAGACUGACACCAGCAGCCCGUUUGAAGAGCAAAACAAAGUGGCAUAAAGAGCACAGGAGUAGUCUGGAGGAGCAGAAGCACACUCAUUCUGCCUCCCCUGUUUUUAAGUGUGAAUCUGCAUUGUAGCCAUUUGUUCUUUACGUUUGACAUAAAGCUGUGUUGUUUUUUUUGCUUCUUUUUUUUUUUUACUUCAUUUCUCAACCAGUUUUCAACGAG